UCUGAGCGUGUUUGUGUAAGUGUGGUGUAAGUGGACUUUGAUAUGUUUGUUUGUGUGUAGGAUCAAGGUUUCUGAAUAUCCAGUUUACUAAUCAUUCAUUGUAAUUGAAUUGUCAUUGACGCUGAUUUGGAAAGCUGUGGAAUGUAUUUAAUCUUAUUCUCCAUACAAAAUUACAGCAACGAGUAGUUUUUUAUUUCUUUUUUUUUUUGUACAAUAUGUUUUCAUCGUUAGUGAGACAUGCGUCAAAAUCACACCAGCUUUAUAAUCACCUGAGGAGAUUUCAAAGCACUUUGGUGAUUGCUGAACACAACAAUGAGAAAUUAUUACCAAUAACACAAAAUGCAAUAACAGCUGCGAAGAAACUUGGUGGAGAUAUAUCUGUUCUUGUUGUUGGCAUCGAAUGUGGUUCUGUUGCUGAACAGGUAUCCAAGGCAUCUGGCUUAGCACGUAUAUUAGUGGCUGAAAAUGAAGCUUUUCAUGGUUUCCUGCCGGAAAAUUUGACACCAUUGGUGCUGGCUACACACAAGCAGUUUAACUUUACACAUAUUUUGGCUGGAGCUACUGCUUUUACCAAAUCACUUCUUCCUCGUGUUGCAGCCAAGUUGGAUGUGUCUCCCAUUUCAGAUAUCACAGGCAUAAAGAGUCCAGACACAUUUGUUAGAACAAUUUAUGCAGGUAAUGCAAUUUUGACAUUAAAGUCAAAAGACCCUGUGAAAGUAGUUACUGUCCGUGGAACAAGCUUUGAGCCAGCAGCACUGGAAGGGGGCAAUACCAAUACUGAAACAGCACCAGCUGGAGACUAUAAAACAGGGUUAUCUCAAUUUUUGAGCCAAGAGCUAAGUAAAAGUGACCGACCAGAGCUCACCAGUGCCAAAGUUGUUAUCAGUGGAGGGCGUGGCAUGAAGUCUGGUGACAAUUUCAAGUUGCUGUAUGAUCUGGCAGACAAGUUGAAUGCAGCAGUGGGUGCAUCCAGAGCAGCUGUAGAUGCAGGAUUUGUUCCUAAUGACUUACAAGUUGGCCAAACAGGGAAGAUCGUAGCUCCGGAAUUAUAUAUCGCAAUAGGUAUUUCUGGAGCCAUCCAACAUCUUGCAGGGAUGAAAGACUCGAAGACAAUUGUGGCUAUCAACAAGGACCCUGAAGCACCCAUCUUCCAAGUUGCGGACUAUGGGCUAGUACAAGACUUGUUCAAGGCAGUACCAGAGCUGACGGGCAAGCUUUAGGGGACAUCACAUGCAUACAACAUUUCUCUGUCUAUGACACAAAAUUAUAAUAUUAUAUGAUAUUGUUAUACAUAUUAUAAAAAUGAAUAAGAUGCACCUUUGUUAAAUAACUGAACUCGACCAAAUUGUACAGCCUAAAUAUUUUUGUACAAUCUUUUGUUAUUGAUAAUUGUGCUAACUGUUUGUAAUAAUUGCUUAUUGAAAAGAGACUUUAUUGAUAACCAAAUGUAAUUACCGUCAGUCCAUUAAAUACUAUGUUUCUACCACA